AUUUGCCGCCGACGACACCCCCAACAACAUGCGCUAUGAGCGUGACAGCACCACAGUGGUCACUCCAUGGCCCACUGUGAAGGGCGGGGCCGUAUUCAAACUAGUAGAGCGUCUCACAUACCCCUUAUACUUUGAUAUCAGGUACAUCCAGCAGUUUCUGUUGACGUACAGAGCUUUCAUGAAGCCCACCCAACUGUUGCAUCUACUGGUCGAGCGCUACGAUGUGCCAUACCCUCCGUAUCUGACCACUCUGCAGUGUUUGCAGUUCGCCAGGACAGUGCGCAACCCCAUACAGACCAGAGUGGUCAAUGUGCUGGUAAGUGCGUGUAUCAUACAGACAUGUGCUGGUAAGUGUAUGUAUCAUACAGACCAGAGUGUUGAAUGUGCUGGUAAGUGCGUGUAUCAUACAGACCAGAGUGUUGAAUUUGCUGGUAAGUGCGUGUAUUAUGCAGACCAGAGUGGUGAAUGUGCUGGUAAGUGUGUGAAUCAUACAGACAUGUGCUGGUAA